UUAUUGAGAAUGUAUCGGUUAUGAACUUACACAAUGGUUAAUUUCAAAUACUGGGCCUGUGGGUGUAGAGUCGCAGAAAACUACGAUUCCCAGGAUCACCGUGUCGUUACAGAAGUGUAGUUCGCGCAUGCGUACUAAUGGUAGGAGCCUAUCAAGUUGAGCAGAAAGCGGGUGAUAAAAUGCACAAGCUGAAGUCAUCCCAGAAGGACAAGGUACGGCAGUUCAUGUCCUUCACGCAGGCCGGGGAGAGGACAGCCGUCUACUGCCUGACGCAGAAUGACUGGAAACUAGAAAUCGCUACUGACAACUACUUCCAGAACCCGGAUCUCUACUACAAAGAAUCCAUGAAAACCUCAGUGGACCGCAAGAAGCUGGAGCAGCUCUACAACCGAUACAAAGACCCCCAGGAUGAGAACAAGAUAGGCAUCGAUGGGAUCCAGCAGUUCUGCGAUGACCUGGCUCUGGACCCGGCUAGCAUGAGCAUACUGGUGGUGGCGUGGAAGUUCAGAGCUGCCACACAAUGCGAGUUCAGCAGGAAAGAGUUCCAGGACGGCAUGGCUGAACUGGGCUGUGACAGUCCUGAAAAGCUCAGGGCGAUCCUCCCCAGACUAGAACAGGAGCUGAAAGACACAGGGAAGUUCAAGGACUUCUACCAGUUUACCUUCAACUUUGCCAAGAACCCGGGGCAGAAAGGGUUAGACCUAGAGAUGGCUGUGGCUUACUGGAACCUCGUUCUCACGGGUAGAUUCAAGUUCCUGGAUCUCUGGAACCGCUUUCUGCUGGAGCAUCACAAGCGCUCGAUACCUAAGGACACAUGGAACCUCCUGCUGGACUUUGGCAACAUGAUCGCCGACGACAUGUCAAACUAUGACGAAGAGGGAGCGUGGCCCGUUCUCAUAGAUGACUUUGUGGAGUUUGCUCGGCCGAUCGUGACGGGGAGUAAACGUAACAUGACAUAGUUUUCCCACCUGCCUCACGCCGCAGAUGGAGUUUGUUUUUCUUCCCGUUUUCUUUUUUUGAAUAAGGAUUUUUUUUAAAUGAGCCAAAAAAGAGGCGAGUCUCUGCAUUGUUCCUGCCACUGCACCGAGGCCUCGCUUGGACAGCGACCUGGAAACCAGUUCCGACGGAAAAGCACGAGGGCGAUCCACUAGAGCCAACCCUUGAGCAGACUUUGUAACGACGAGUGGCCGGUUCCAUGAAACCUGUCGCCAUCGGCUGUAGCUUCGACCUGCUGUUGUGGACUUGGCUCGCUGCACGGCCCCUUGGUCACAGUGAGGGGAGACCCACGAGCCCGAGCUUUAGCACCGUUGGAGGUUUUAAGUAGAAGGAGCAGUAGGAGGGAACUGUACGUUGACGUUUGCAUGUUCAUGUCCAGCUAGUGUGAAGCGGCGCCGUGGAUGCUGAGGAGGAAAUAGGUAACCUACAUUAUUAUACUGAUGUGUAGCUCUCCAGCAGUCGCACUGAGGGCAGACAACAUACAGUAUGUGCUUGAUUGGGGUGCGUGUGUGUGUGCGUGUGUGUUUGUUCAGGCAGUAACAUAUUGCCUCUAGGAUACAAAGUUUAGGUUUUGAUUUGGUUUUAUUAACAUAAAAAAUGAGAAAUGUUAUCACUUUGAGUGGAUGACAAUGAAAAUGUUUCAGAUUGAUAUUUUAUAUUCAGAAUUGGACAGAAAAGCAUGUUGUUCAGCACCAGCAGAAACCUUUUAAAGACAGAUUGAAAUUUAAAACAAACAAAUGGUGUCUUGCAGGAGCAGGUUGUGACAUUUCUAAUCUUUAGGUUUUUCAUUCUUAAACGAGCUGCUCCGUUGGUUUGCUUUUAGUUUUGCUUUGCAAUGUGAGAACGGCUGUACACUAACAGGAACUGACAGGCACAUGGACUGUUUUUUUUUGUUUUUUUUUAUUAUCCAGGUGACAGUGACUCGCCAACUUUGCAAAUCUGCACUGAUUCACAGGUUUUUUGAUAUGUUCUGUAGUUUUUUUUUUUAAAUUAUCACACAGCCCUGUAGGAAACUACAGAGCUGUUUCGUUUACGUCACAGUAGGAUUCAAUUACACACUAGGUUUUAUUCCAAUUAAGCCAAUCUUGAUUUAACCGUUCGUUUACAGCAUUUGAGCUUUUUAGUCUGCUGCUCUUUGUAGAUUAGCAACUGUGGUACUAUAGCACCACUACAGAGAAAAACGUGUCACUUUAAGAAUUUCAGAUCCUGUUCCUGUCUAGUGGUGGUCGCACAGGACCCAGAUCUGAUGACUUGAGGCUUUUGACCAAAAGAGGUCAGUACAACGAUGCCUUUCCUCGAUAGCCAGUUGUAAUUAUGCAUGAUAACAAACUUAAUUUAUCCUAAAGAUCCUUGACGUAAAGGGGUAGAACAGGUACCAGUGAGCAGACGGUGGCUUCUGGUACGUCAAUAUUUGCCUUCCUUUAGAUUCUAAAUGUUAGUCCAGCAGUUUUUGUCAUCACAAAACCUUUUGACAUGUUAUAAUAAGAAUUAUUUCCCCUGUAAUCAGCUAUAGCUACAGAACAGCAGUGAUAAUGACCAGACGUAAGGCUAAGGAGAUGUUCUCAUGCAAAUGUAGGUGAAUCAUACAUUUAUACGUUUCAGUUUUAAGACUGGAUGUAAGGUAAGUGGAAAAGAAAUCAGCUUUCUGACAUUAAAGCAGCUGAAGGUGAAUAAUGUGUCCAACUGUUCAUGUUGUCUGAGGCAGUUCGACUUUGAUCCAGUAUUGUUUGUGCUAAAGGAAUAAGAAGAUUGAAUAUGUUUCAGUAUUCACUGUGCUGAUGAGGUACGUUUCCUAGUCAUGCAGAUUGUUCUUUGCAACACAGUAUUAAACAGGUAUUUAUCUAAAGUUUUUUUUUGUCAUAGACGCAUACCAUACAUUGUUUCAAUGAAAGUCAAUAAAGCAUGUUGUUUUUA